AUGGCAUCUCUAGCGAACGGCCUCCAAUGCGCACGGCAAUUGACGAGCCGUACCUGGCAGCUAGCCGUCCGGCCCAAAGCACGACAGCUGAGCACGACCUCAUCACGGACAGCAUCCCUGACGACGACGACGUCGACUCCGGAACGUGACGGUGGGGCUUCCUCCGCCGCCGUCGCUGCCGCAGAUCCGGUCAAUGCCAUCAAGAUCCCCUUCCAGAACGUCAAGCACGCGCGCCAGGUGCCGACGCUGGGGUCGUACUUCUCGCGGGAGCCGCGCUUCAACGACCUCCACCUCCGCCUCUUCAACCUGCUGGCCAAGUACCACGACCUUCCGAUGGUCGAGUCGCGGGACGCGCCCCUGAAGCCCUGGCUCAAGCUCGAGGGGGUGAGGCACCAGACCGGCGAGCCCAUCAAGGCCGCCCACUUCUCCAAGGUCAUGAAGGUGGCCCGCCGCCUCAACCUGAUCGAGCCGAGCAUGCGGCCCGCCGAGGUGGACAGGGCCCUGCAGCAGCUCAGCCGCCCCGUCGAGGCCACCGUCAGCUUCCGGAAGCCCACCACCGUCGACAGGCACGGCCGUGCCGUCGGCGUGGGCAGCCGAAAGGAGUCGACGGCCAGGGCCUUCGUCGUCGAGGGCACCGGCGAGGUCCUCAUCAACGGCAAGACCCUGAGCGACGCCUUCGGCCGCGUCCACGAUCGCGAGUCGGCCAUCUGGGCCCUCACCGCCACCAACAGACUCGACAAGUAUAACGUCUGGGUCAUCGCUAGAGGUGGCGGGACCACCGGCCAGGCCGAGGCCAUCACCAUGGCUAUCGCCAACGGUCUCGUCGCUCAUGAGCCUUCACUCAAGACGGCGCUGAGAGCUGCCGGCUGCAUCACCCGAGAUGCCAGAAAGGUCGAGAGAAAGAAGCACGGCCACCUCAAGGCCCGCAAGAGCCCAGCCUGGGUCAAGCGAUGA